UAGAGGGUGGGAAUCAGGGCUAGGAACGUCCAAUUACCUCAGGUUUAGCACAUAAAUAGGAGUGCGCACGCGCAGUUGGUAAGGCGGUACGUUGCAAUUGCUCAGGCGAUUCCAGUAAAGAGAUUUACUAUCGUCCCCACGGGAGACCUUGAAUGCUAUUGUGCAUUCUCCGACUGGAGUCUCAUUGGAGGUGGAUGUCCUGCGGGGCUAUAGAAAGCCGCUCGGGCCGGUGGGCUUGUGGGAGGAGCAACGUACCACGUGCCCAAAGGGGGCGUGACUCUCCACGUGACUAGGCGCCGCAGGUGGAUCUGGGUACCCUCACGUGACAAGGCCCGUCAUUUUCUGCCGGGGGCGGAGUGGCAGCUCAUCACGUGACGCGCGGCGGGCUGCGCAGCGGUGGUGCCAUAGCAUCCUGAGGCUUGCUGGAGUUGGUAGCUCGCGCGCUUAGUUGGAGACUGAGUUCCUCCGCUGGCCCUUGUGGACAGGCUGGGGGAAUUCUGGUUGCGAACGGGAACGCCGGAGAAUUUGCGACAUUCAGAGGAGGGAUACGCGCCUGUAGAUGGUCACAACUGUGGCAAGUGGUGGAAAGUUCUCGACCCGGCUUCCCGACAGGGUUUUAAAGACCUGUUGUUUCUAUGGCUGGCUGGAAUUGAUGAAAGGCCUUUUGCGAGGGUUACCUUUUUUAGCUUAGCUUACAUUUGUACAGUUUGGGAAUCUGAAAAGAGCCCAGAUUUGCGUUUAUAGCAGCUGUUCUCAACUUGUGGGUCGCGACCCCUAUUAGGGGUCGCAGAUCAAAUAUUUACAUUACAAUUCAUAACUAGCAAAAUUACUGUUAUGAAGUAUAGUCACGAAAUGAUUUUAUAGUUGGGGGUCAUCACAACAUGAAUUGAGUUUAGGAAGGUUGAGAAGCACUGGUUUAUAGGAAGACGUUAGGGGAGUCGCCUCCAGAACGUCCAAUUGGUCCACCUGCAAACGGGAAUCUAGCGUUCCAGUUGUGAUGACGUCUGAGGCUCUGAAGUGACUUUAGGCUGAGUUAGAGGCAAAGGUGAGGCAUUUGCCUUACUUGGAGAAAUCAAAGCAGACAUGGGUCUCAAGUCAAUGCCCACGCAAUCAGAAAUGAAGUACUGAGUCCAGCUGAGUCCCCUUGGUAGCUUCCUUCCGUGGCUUGUUCAGCCAGUCUCUAUCUCAACAACCUUCGAUAUAGUAAAGACCAUAGUGCUUGUCUAAGACUUUUCUCAUUGGAAGGUAGCAAAUCCAGGAGCAAAAAGAAGUUAGUCCUAGUCCCAGAAGUCGCUCAAAUGCUCGACCCUGAAGCUAUGAGCAUGUUAGUAUGAAGGAAAACAAAACCCGAGUACCAAUCCUUUAUAUUAUGUUUUAGGAGCCAUCUUAGUUUUAGAUGGGAGAAGAACUCUGCAUAAACAGUUAGAAUGAAAGAACCUUUGGAUGGGGGAUGCGACAAAGCAAUGGCACAACAAGGGCUUCUGGACAGAAUUAAAGAAGAACCUGAUGAUGCUCAUGAAUAUGGACCUCAGGAAAGUGAACUAAAAAUCAGUGCUGUGUUUUCAGCCAGUGACACUUCUCUUGGUUUUCAGGUUGGUCUACCAUCCCCUGGCCUGAGUGCAUCAUUUCCUGCAGUUCCAGCUGCUCAAGUGUUUUGUUUUGGUUGUAAACAACUGCUUCGUAAGGGGCAGCCUACGUACCGUAAGGCAGGGUCUGCCCAGCUCUUCUGUUCCAUGGGAUGUGUCAUCACGUUCUCCUCAGCGGUCUGCGUGCCUCCUCUUCCCAAGAGAACCUGCGCACACUGCUCCAAAGACAUUUUAAAUCCGAUGGAUGUGAUCACAACUCAAUUUGAAAAUUCCUCUCUCUGCAAAGAGUUCUGCAGCCAGUCAUGCCUAUUUUCUUAUGAGCUAAAGAAGCCUGUUGUUACCAUAUAUACCAGUGGCAUUUCUGCUAAGUGCAGUAUGUGUCAGAAGGGCACUGAUAAUCUGGCCCCGAAGCCACUCUAUGCCUUGGGGAAUUCAUCGAGGCUGUCUGCUGAAAUGAUCGAGACUACCAAUGACUCAGGAAGAACAGAGCUUUUCUGCUCUAUUAACUGCUUAUCUGCUUACAGAAUUAAGACUGUUAUUUCUUCAGGUAUACAGGUUUUGUGUCAUAGUUGUAAAACUGCAGCAGUCCCUCAGUACCACCUAGCAAUGUCAAAUGGAACGAUUUGCAGCUUCUGUAGCUCCAACUGUGUGCUGGCUUUCCAGAAUGUAUUUAACAAGCCAAAGGGAAGGAACUCUUCAUUGGCACCCAUAUCUCAAGGCCAAGAAGUGCUGAGCGCACCCAUGCAGUCUGCAGUGUCAGCACGAAAAGAAGCCCCCGCCCCUUCCUUCAGCAGCCCCAUCAGCAACCCUGCUGCAGCCGCUCUGGAGACCCUUGCCAAGGAGUCCCACCAGAUCGCUUUGACCCUUUCCUUCUUGAAACUCACGUGCCUGCAGUGCAGCCUUCUGUUUGCCACAAAGCCAGAGCUGCUUUUCUACAAGGGUAGAAUGUUUAUGUUUUGUGGCAAGGCUUGCUGUGAUGAAUACAAAAGGCAAAAUAAAGUUAAGGCCUUGUGCGACUACUGUAAGCUACAGAAGACCAUAGAGGAUACUGUGCGAUUCUCAGGGGUUGACAAGCCUUUCUGUAGUGAAGUUUGCAAGGUCCUCUCCGCUCGAGACUUUGGGGAAAGAUGGGGAAACUACUGUAAGACGUGCAGUUACUGUUUACAGACGUCUGCAAAUUUUGUGGAAAAUCAACUGGAAGGCAAGCUCCAGGUUUUCUGCUGUGAAGAUUGCAUGUCUAAGUUUACAGCUUUGUUAUAUCAGACAGCCAGGUGUGAUGCCUGUAAACGGCAGGGUAAGCUAAGCGAAUCCUUGAAGUGGAGAGGCAACAUCAAAUACUUCUGUAACCUGUUUUGUGUCUUGAAGUUUUGCCAUCAGUAUAGUGCGAAUGACCCAAUUCCACAAAGAAAAGUGUUUGUGCUCCCAAAGCCAGCACAGGUAAUUAUUCCUAAGGUACAAACUGCUAUGACGGCACUCCCUUCUCCAAAGAUAGCUACAACACCGGUUAUAACCAGUGUGACAUCAUUGGCAAAAAUACCUGCACUCCAGCCCUCCAGGAACACUAACAGUGUCUGCACAGAUGCUGGUCCUACAGAGGCAACAAAGAUCAUUGGAAAUGGAAGCAAACCGGCAGCUGCUGAGAGACUUCAGUCUCCGCAGGCCCCCAAGCUUCUGAAGAACAAAGGCAUACUGUGUAAGCCAGUUACACAGACCAAGGCCACCUCAUGCAGACCACACACCCACCAUGUUGCAUGCCAGACAGACUCACCUCUGCCAGAUGGGAAAAAUGAAGAAUAUGAUUCUCCACCUGCAAAGAGAAGAAGAGUAGACUUUUUCCACACUUGCAAUGCAGACUAUAUCAAAUUUGGUUUCAUUAUCUGUUCUGGAUCAAAGGAAAGUUCACCAAGCCCACAGUGUGUCAUUUGUGGAGAGAUCUUACCUAGUGAAAGUGUGAUGCCAGUAAGUCUUUCUAACCAUUUGAAGGCAAAACAUUCAGAUUUAGAGAACAAGCCAAUAGACUUUUUUGAGGAAAAAUCACUUGAAAUGGAAUGUCAAAACAGUUCUUUAAAAAAGUGUUUACUAGUUGAAGAGUCACUUGUGAAAGCUUCUUAUUUAAUUGCUUUCCAAAUUGCUGCCAGGAAUAAGCCAUUCUCAAUUGCUGAAGAAUUAAUUAAACCAUAUUUAGUAGAAAUGUGUUCAGAAGUUUUGGGUUCAAGUGCUGGAGACAAAAUGAAAACCAUCCCUCUUUCUAAUAGCACAAUUGGGUGCAGGAUCAAGAAACUGUCUGAAGACAUUGAAGACCAGCUGCUGCAGAAGGUCCGGGAGUCCAGGUGGUUUGCCCUGCAGGUGGAUGAGUCAUCCGAGGUCACAGAUGUGCCGCUUCUCCUCUGCUAUGUCCGCUUCGUCGACUAUGACUGUGGAGAUGUGAAAGAAGAAUUAUUAUUUUGCACUGAAAUGCCUUCUCCGAGCACAGAUCUUAAAGUGUUUGAAUUAAUAAAUCAAUAUAUUGAUAGUAGGUCUCUGCAUUGGAACCAUUGUGUUGGUUUCUGUACUGACGGGGCUGCAAGCCUGACUGACGAGUGUUCUCACUUAAGGUCAAAAAUUCAAGAAAUUGCCAAGAAUACGGUGACAUUUACACAUUGUUUCAUUCACCGUGAACACUUAGCAGCCGAAAAACUAUCUCCAUGCUUACAUGAGAUUCUUUUGCAGUUGUCACAGAUUUUAAGCUUUGUAAAGAACAGUGCCUCGGAUUCACGAAUGUUGACAAUUUUGUGUGAAGAGGUGGGAUCUGGGCAUGUGAGUUUACCACUUAGUGCUGAAGUGCGCUGGCUGGCGAGAGGAAGAAUUUUAACAAGACUGUUUGAACUGAGACAUGAAAUUGAAAUAUUUUUAAACCAAAAGCAUUCAGAUUUGGCCAGGUAUUUCCAUGAUGAAGAAUGGGUUGCAAAGCUAGCCUACUUAGCAGAUAUAUUUUCGCUUAUAAAUAAAUUAAAUUCAAGUCUCCAAGGAACUAUGACCACUUUUUUCAGUUUGUAUAAUAAAGUUGAAAUAUUUAAGAAAAGGCUAAAAAUGUGGUUGAAGCGUGCACAAGAGAAUGAUUAUGAUAUGUUCCCUCUAUUUUCUGAGUUCUUGGACUCAUCAGAUGUAAGCGUGAGAAACAUUGCUAGCAUUAUUUGUGAGCACCUGGAAGGACUUUCUCAGGUAUUCCAUGAUUGUUAUCCACCAGAAAAGGACUUGCGUUCAGGAAAUCUGUGGCUCCUGAAUCCUUUCGCCAGUUACCAGGAUAACAAUCUGACUGACUCGGAGGAAGAAAACCUUGCAGCGUUAUCUUCAGAUACGAGAUUCCAAUCAGUUCAUAAAUCAAUGUCUGUCACGCAGUUUUGGGUCAAUGCAAAAACAAGUUAUCCCGAGCUCCAUGAAAAGGCAAUGAAAUUGCUCCUGCCCUUCUCAAGCACCUGUCUGUGCGAUGCUGCCUUCUCGGCCUUGACUGCCUCAAAACAGAGAGACCUGCGGACUUACAGUCCCUCCCUAAGAUUGGCAGUCACGUCAUUAGUUCCAAGGAUAGACAAGUUAGCAAAGGAGAAAGACUAGUAUCUGUAUUGCUUAUCGUCAGAGUGUAUAAUUUUGUGUUAAAUUUUGUAUAAGUAUCCUAAAAUACAAUUUGCUAAUGUAUCUGUAUUUUCAGUGAUUAAAUGUUUUAAUAUUUUUCCUUUGUUGUAGAGGGAUUUAAGAACUGUGGAACUGAGCAUAAUUAUAUAUAAUUUUAAUAACAUGAGGGAGAAAAUGUA